AUGCAAUACCCCAUCACCAACUCCACCCACUUCCCCCACGUCGACCUGCAAAUGGAAGCGCGCCCGACCUGUCUAUGCGCCAUAUGGCAGCACGAAGUCCAUGGUUACUUCUAUCUCGACUCCACCGCGCCCAUCAUUACCUUCCCCGAUUGUGGCACACACGAGUUUCUCAGGCAGUCAUUGUCUGCUGAAGAUGCAGAAGCCGAAGUAUCCAUCAGUGAAGCGCUCUAUCGCACGAGCCUCGAAGAUCCACCACAACGUAUGCUCUUGACGGCAACAACUAGCAUACAAGGACAACACGGCACGUCUACGGUCAAUGACCCUGAGACUCUCCCAGAUCAUGUCGAUCCUGCGAUCCCGCCACAAGAGAGCCACGAUAUGAGCCAGGCAAGCAAUUCGGACUACGUGCCUAGCCAGGAAGAAGAGAUGAUUGCCAACGAACAGCUGCAGGAGGAGAAGGAGGACGAAGAUGCAUCUGAAGUAGAGGAACACAUCGAUCUCGACUUUCAGAUUCCAAAGGAGACUUUGCGUGCUGCGAUGUUGGCAUCGCCUCAAACACGAGCCAGUUUUUGGAGCGCCAAGAUGUACCCUGAAGAGCUCAUGCCGCCUACAUUGAAAAAGAUUUUGGAGACGCCAGACAUCCUCAAAGUCGGAGUGGCUGUGAAAGGCGAUUUCACAAGGCUCGAAAGGUAUCUAAACAUACAACCACAAGGAGUGUUCGAGUUGAGCCGGCUGCAUAACCUUGUGGAAGGUAACAUCACGAGUGCUCAACAAGUGUCGAAUAAGCUAGUUGGACUGGCCGCACAAGUGCUCCAACAUCUUCAAUUGCCCCUGUACAAGGGCGAGCAAUUGGCGGACGAUCCAGCGGAUACUGCGAGCGUUCGUGAGAGCGAUUGGAGCAAACCACUGGAUCUGCAACAGAUUCAAUAUGCUGCAGCAGAUGCGUAUGCCGGUUUUAGACUCUACGACAUACUGGAAUACAAAAGGAAGCAAAUGCGGCCCACUCCACCCACUCGCGGGCUCUGCGAUUAUGAUUCGAAACGUGCUCCCAAGCCGAAAACGACCACGAAAAAGACUGCCAAAAAGGCUAAAAUCCCUGUCCCUGCAACCUCUGUGGAAGGCACAUCUAGCAUCGAACAAGAUGUAGACCAGCAAAUACAGCAAGAGCCGAUAGAGGUAGAUGGAAGCGAGGAAGAGGAGGGCUAUGAGACUGCACCCGAAGAUCUCCUAGACAGUCACGAACUUGAAGAUCCUGCUCAAGCAUCCGCUUCUCAAGAAGAAACACAUGUGCUUCACGAGGGCAACACGGUCAUGGCAAAUGAAGCAAAACAGAAACGCGUUGGACGCGUGAAUUUUCAAUGGCUGAGAGGUCCUGAUCCGGAAUAUCCACAACUUCCACAGCACCCAGAGGAUUGUGAUAUUCCUGUGGCAUCGGCCUCGUCAGAUCCCUCCUUCGAAUCUAGCGCGACCAACCAACAAGUGGCUGACAUGUCUAACGCGAAGUGGCCUGAGCCGAGUGCAAUUGAAGACUUCGACGAGUUCGCCGAUCCUGAGCUCGAAGAGGCUCUCCAGGUCCUUGACAUAGACGAAGACGGAAAACUCAUAGACGCCCCAGUACCAACAGCCUGCACCGUUAAAGCCAAGCGUACGAGAAAGGUGCCAAGUACAUCGCGUCAUCCUGAGCCAGACCCCAUUUCUCAAGCAGAAGUACCCAAGGAUCUCGACCUGUCUGAUUACAACCCCAUCAGUCUCGACACCCAGGAACCCCUCGCGACCUCGUCGCCAAACACUAUUCCUCUCCCAGUAACGGCUGAUGAACCAUCCCAUUCCUCCGAAUUCGGCUACGCAGUAUCCUGGGCACAAACAUACCUCGAGUCCACCGUCCCAUCGCCAUCUUCAACAGCACCGUCACGCAUCCGCGCUACUAUUCCGCAUCUCCGUGCUUACCAUCUUUGGCACCACCAGAGUCUCUCGAUAGACGAAGUCGCUGGUCACCUGCGCGAUCCGCCACUUUCGCACAGCACGGUCACGGGGUACAUUCUGCAGGCUGUUGCACUAGAGCGCUUCGAGUACGAUCAUGAUAAGUUACGGGACAUUAUGAUGGGCUUACCGGUUGGGAUGAGGAAGGGGAGGUUUAAGUGGAUUGCGGAGAAGGUUGGGCUAUGA